CCCGCUAUUUGCCACAUAGUGUGCACUUUAGAUAAGGUAGGGGAGCGGGCCUAAGAAAUCUUGGGGGCAGGUGAUUGUCGAACGCGAGUGGUGGACUGUAGCAUCGAUUGCACCUCUGGAGAGUGCGCCCGAGAACGUCGCUUGUUUUGAUUUCUCGUCCGAAGUGUAGCGUUUUUGAAGAUCUUCCUCGCGCAUUAGGUGCAUGCGCUAGGUUGAGCGCCAAUUGUAGUUCGGCGCAGAUCGAAGUGCACGUUUUUUUGCGAAACUAAAAUUUUCUUCUGAGCUCGGACUCUCUCAGUUUGGCUUUGCUGCUGGAUGCUGAUAUUGUCAACGUAGCUGAGCUGCUUUGAGCCGGGGCUCUCUCGGAAGAGAUGGCCUCCACCUCUGUUGUUCUCAGAGGGUUGAGCCUGUACGGCCAAACCCCUCAUAACACUAAAUCUCGCGGGUUUAUGCAAAGGCUCGUCCGAUGUAGCAAUCGUGUCGAAUUUGGCUCCAUUACAUUGAUCGGGGAUAAGUUAUGGCGUGGACACAUUGUGGAAUUCAAGGGAAGGUCGAUUGUUUUCGGUAGAAAACAAAGAGGAUUUUUGACGCGUAUGGCCGCGGAGGACAAUUUUGAAGCAAGUAGCGUCGCUGUGGAGGAGCAGCAACAGCUGUCUUCGGAGGAGGAACUGGACCGGGAAGAUGUCACCGAGAUUCUCAGGGUCGUGGAACUUCUCCGGAAAAAAAGAGACAUGACCUUCAACGAGGUGAGAUUGACAAUCAUGAUCGAAGACCCCCGAGACGUCGAGCGCAGGAAACAGUUGGGGAUCGAGGAUGAUAGAGGUUGCUCGAGAGAAGAUCUGGGUGCGGCUCUCAUGGAGGUCUAUGAAGGACGGAUUCCACAAGAUCGAGUCGUACUGCGAGAGCUCGCCAAGGAGAUGCUGCAGUGGCCCAACCUGGAGGACGAGAUCGCCGCCGAUCGCUUGCCUCCUGUAGCCUCGCCGUACGCCAAAGUAACGAAUACAGGAGUUGAUCCCAGAGUUGCCGCUGAAAGAGCAAAGGUGGAUUGGGACACUGCAGCUGACAUUACCCCAGGGGAGGAGAAGAAGGAUUUGGGAGAAUCCUUGCCGCCUGUUGUGGGUUACAGUUUCCUAUAUUUGGUGAGCUCCAUUCCAAUAAUCAUUGGGGUCGCUGUGGUGCUAAUUCUCUUCCUUAACUCUCUACAAUGAGGGCAUCUUCGUCAUAGUAGACUCGUUUCGACGCAUCUCUAGCUGGAAUCGAAGGGACUGGCUCCUCAUGGCCCGGCGCAGGUCAUCACAUUCAAGAGGCUCGUUUGUUCGCUUCACAGUUCUGAAUGAUUUUGGUUGUACACGCAUGAAGCGCUUCAAAUGAGAAACUGUGAGCCGGAUCACUCGUUGCGGUGUCGAAGUUGACUUCGAAAAUCUUGGGAUCAUAUCUGAACUGGUAAAUCAGAUGGUAUCAGUCUCCGUGUCUGCGGAGAGUUACAUCGGCUAGUAGCCCUCACAUUUCCUGACCUAGCUUCCAAUCUGAAGUAAUUUCGAACAGAUCAACGAUCCUCGAUUCAGCUUUGUAAUUCUAGUGAAAUUGUAUUUGUGUUCCCAAAAAUACAAUCGGUGACAGUGUUUUACCUUGAGUCAAUUUUGGAGUAAAAUGCUUACUAUUCUUUCCCCAAAUCUUCGGGGGAGAGUAAUACAUUUUGAAAGUAGACAGUAGGUAGCGAUUCCGGAACAUUUUGAGGCCGUGCCGAAAAGUUGUAUAUCACAUACCCUCGGGAGGGUUUGGAGGAUAUGUUGUAAGUCUUGAAUCCAAUCAAACUUACAAAAGGGACUAAAGUCUUUCUUCUCGUCACUUUCAAAGCUUAAUGUUAUUACUAUCAUAUUUCUCCUUCACAAUAAACACAAUUGAGAAGUAAUUGUGGACACCAGAGACGCAUUCUUUCGCCAAAAAGUAAAUCAAUAUCUCUAGAACCUUACACGCUGUUCUCGCAUUCAUAGUAUAUACGAAUACGCAAGAAUGGAACGUCAUGACGAUCGUAGACAUUCUUCUGAGCAAUGUAUGCAAAGCCGAA